UUGAUCGUUGGUUAUAUUGUAAAUUUAGAAUAUUAUAAUAAUAUUAAUUUUACCUUUUAUUGAUUCUUGUUGAGUAUACCAAUCUUUUUUAAGUUAUACCCAGCGAUUUCUGGAUAAAACUGGAUUGACAAUUGAUUACCACAAUAUUUGUAGAAAAUUCUCAUGUCACAGUCUAAUAAAGAGACCUUUUUCAAGCAAGGGACAGGGCUUGUUAUUUAGAUGGAAGUAUAAUGCUUUAGUUGGAUAAAAAGGUUUCCCAUGCCGAAGAUGUAACAAACUUUCCAUAACAUCAUUCAUAAGAUAAGAUAAGCAGAGUGGAUAAUGACAGCAUCAGUCUCAUCUGCAGCUUUAUGUGAAGGUCACACUUUAACCCUGGCAUAGAAAUCAGCAACUACUUUGUAAAUCUGUGCACAAUUCACAGCCAUUUUACAAACAUCUCUUUCUUUAAUUUAAGAGUUCUCAUUUUCAGAAGAGACACUCAAAGGAUUAUUAGGAGUGAGUGAAGAGUUUCUCCAUAUUAGAGUGAGCAUGGGAUAGGUCUGCUCCAAUGACCUAGAGCCACAUGCCAUGUAGCCGCUGGGUUAUGCAGGUAUUUCAACCAUGUAGGUGUUUAAAUCAAAGUCGAGUGGGAGGCCGGGAGGGCUUGUUGUGAGACUAAGUUAGGUGGGGAGGGGGAGUCUUUGAAAUAUGGUUGGGAGAGCGCAUGUUAUCUUUUCUCCUCGCCAUUAGACGUCCAGGUUUGGUGUGUCAUUGGUUGCAGCCCAGAGCUGGCACCAGCUCAAAGGGGAUGUUGAGAAAUGCUGCCCAUAUGGUGGCACUAUAAAAUCUAGCACAGAUCCCAACCAAAGACAAGGAUCUGUUCAGGACGCCAGCACAGCAUCAAUUCAAAAAACACAUUUCCCACAGCACCUGAGGAUUUUUGCUCUCCAAUACGCCAAGGAGACCAGGACCAGUUGCUAAAAGGGGUGAGUGUUCAUUUUAAGUUUGUGGCCAUAAGGUUGAGCACUUGUAAUUUCAUUAGUGGUGGCAGAUUAAGUUAUUAAAUAAAUUAAAAGCAGUGUCUUUUCAAAGCAUGGGCCCUGUAUUAUUGAUCUUGCUAUAGAUUGUUUCAUGUCGACUGUUCUGUUUGGCCUUUUUUAGGGAGGUCGGAUUUAUUAUGAAUAUUCUGCGUCAUGUUAUGGUCCUGCUUCUGCUGGGAGUCAUUUCUUGCCAGAACAACAAUCGCAACGUCAAGCCGGGUGGAAAACCUGCUAAGAAGCCUAACAGCCAAGCUGUAGAGGCAACCCAGCAUGGCCCUGAAGAUGACCCAAACCCUGGGCUGGCAGGUGCUGCCGAUUCCAGUAAAGAAACAAAUCCCGGAGGUCGCGGCGCCAACCAACAAAGCGCAUCUGUCAACAAGCCUGUGGAUGAAAUGAAGCUGUACUUUCUUAAAAACACAUUAGUGACGUGCAACGACGGUACUGCUGCUGGGUUUUACCUAAAGGAGUUCAAAGGAAGUAAGAGAUGGCUGAUAUUUUUGGAAGGUGGCUGGUGCUGCUACAACAAAGAGACCUGCGAUUCUAGAUACAAAGCUGUCCCCCGACUUAUGAGCUCCACUGACUGGCCUCAGACACGCAAAGGGAGUGGUUUGCUAUCAACACAAGCUGAUGAAAAUCCUCACUGGUAUAAUGCCAAUAUUGUGUUUGUUCCCUACUGUUCAAGUGAUGUGUGGAGUGGUAACAAAGCAGCCUCGAAAUCCAAACAGGGAAAAGAAACAGAAUAUGCUUUCAUGGGAUCUCAAAUCAUUCGGGAGGUGAUCAAAGAUCUUGCCCCGAAAGGACUGAAACAAGCCAAAGUUGUGAUGUUGGCAGGAACGAGUGCCGGUGGAACCGGUGUGCUGCUGAACAUUGAUAAGGUGUCCAGUCUUCUGGAGCAGCUGGGUGCAGAUGCUCAGGUGCGCGGCCUUGUCGACUCAGGCUGGUUUCUGGAAAGCAAACAACAAAAAGUUCCUGACUGUCCGGACAGUGCUUCCUGCACCCCUGUAGAUGCCAUAAAAAAAGGACUCCGUUUGUGGAGUGGUGUUGUUCCAGAAAAGUGCAAGCAACAGUAUAAAAGAGGCGAGGAUUGGCAAUGCUUUUUUGGACACAAACUGCACUCCUACAUAACCGCUCCGCUAUUUGUGGUGCAGUGGUUGUUCGACGAGGAACAGUUACGAGUGGAGAACAUUUAUAUGGGUGGCCAGUCACUCUCAGAGCAGCAGUGGACCUACAUGCAGAACCUGGGAAAAGAGCUAAAAAACUCCUUGAAAGAUGUCACGGCCGUGUUCGCUCCCUCCUGUCUUUCCCACACUUUGAUAACCAAAAGCAAUUGGAUGGAUUUCCAGGUCAAGGGGGCGUCACUUUCCCGUGCUCUGCAGUGCUGGGACAAAAGCCUUCAGGAGGCCAAUAAAAACAGCAAAACCGCUCUGAAGGGCUGUCCCUUCCAUCUCAUCGAUAACUGUCAAUGGCCACAGUGCAAUCCAACUUGUCCAGCCCUGAUUGACCAGGCCACGCAACAGGAAAUGACUCUGCUCCAGGUGCUGGCCAGUAUGGGCUUGGACCUGCAAAAGCUAGGCUUGGAUGUAAGCAGGGAUAUUUCAGCCAGCAUGGUCAGCAAUGGUGGCUAAAUUAGCAUUAGCGAGUGGUUGUGUUCUUAUCGACACAGUUCGCCUCAUCCAUAAAUUCGAGAUUGUUCAGUGGCUUCCUCUCUGGCCACUUCCAGAGAUGGACCUGGGUUUGUCUAGUGAACAUGUCACUGGAUUUCAGUACCGACAGUCUGCCUUUAAAACCAUGUUCUAUCAACAGGAAUGAUUUCGGGUUCUCCAAGUAAGCGGUCCUGAGCAACCUCUGGACACAGUUAAUCAAUGGUUAUCACGACUAAAUAAUCUAAUUCAUCACUUCAGUAAGAGAACUAGUGUCUGAAUUCAAUGUAUUGAACUAAAACUGUCUGACAGCAUACCAAUAGAAUUAAAAGAGCUGAAUUUACUGUUAUUAAAUCUGAAAUAAUUGUGGAGGAUUUAGUAGGAUCUUUGCAUCAUGUUUUGGAGAAAAACAGAGAGCAGUCUAAGAACUGCAUGUAUUUAAAAAACAAAAACAGGACAGCAGAACAUUGCAGUAACCACAUUUUUUCAAACAUCCUGUCACAAUACUUACUCUAUACGUUAUGUUUCUUCAAUAUUUCAAGUGCAUGCUGUUUUAAGACAUUGUGGUCUAUUUUGUAGACGAGAGUCAUAAAUGUGUAUGGAUAAAUGUGGUAUCUGUUUCUUUUUGCUUUUAAAUAUAUAUAGUGUGUGAUUAGAUAUUGACAACCAUCCUCAAAUACAAAAGAAAAACCUUUAUAUAUAAUUAUCUCUCAUCCACAUAAUUGUCUGUUGUCAUGAUCUGUAAUCCAUCAAGUUCUUUUGACAUUUAUAGUUUGUAUAAAAUUACCUUGAACACUAAUAAAAGAUUAAUGAAAACUUUUA